AUGAACAAUCGUAUUGAUGAGUCAUCAACAACAACUAAAACAUUUCGUUUUAAUUCAGGUCAACUUUUAACAUUGAAUGAGUGUCAAAUUGAAAAAAUUCCUUAUUUAACUGCACUGGUCUCAGCUGGACCUUAUUUUGAUUCAAUCAAAAUCAAUGAAGGAUAUUAUUUACUCGAUUCUCGCAUCAACUACGAAGAUUUUCAGUUUGUACUUGAGUCAAUUUCAUUUCAUUCGGUACGACAAAUAUUUAUUGAUCUACCUAAAAAUUAUAAUAUUUUGGCUAUUAUUGCUCUUUUGGAUUUUAUUGGUAUCGAACCCGUAAGAUGUCCAACUCUCGAAGAAAUUGAUUCGAGUUUCUUUUGGAAUUUGGAAUGCGGUGAUACAUUAGGUACAUAUCAAUUGAUUUAUAAAUCAUCUGAUGCUAAAGACAUGGCUGUUCGAUUUGCUAUUGCUCUGGCAAAAGAAGAAUAUGAUUUUAGAAAUCGUACAAUAAUCGAUCAAAUCUAUUGGUUCAUCAUGUUUAUUCUCAGUGCUUAUGAAUUAUUUGAAACAAAUCUUCGUUAUCAUGUAUUAUCCGCUGAUCUUAAUGCAAAAAAUGUCACACCUGCUAUCAAUGAUAUCAACGCAUGGGUGUCUAAUCAAACGGACGGUCAUAUUAAGAAAGCACUAGACAAAAAUGAUCUAGCUAAAGAUAAAUUAACACAGAAUGCUCUUCUAAUAAUCAAUUGUCUGGUAUUUGAUGCAAAAUGGCAAAACGAAUUUCAAGGACAAAACACCAGAGAUGGCAACACAUUCUUUCCUGAUACAGGUCCACCACAAGAGAAAAAACUUACCUUAAUGAUGAAAAAUGGUUUAUUUCCUUAUGUUGAUUUAACAUCGAAAAUUGGUGCUCGAAUGAUUCAUUUACCAUUUGAAAACAAGGAUUUCACCUUUACUAUUAUUCUACCAAAUAAAGAUGUUAAAUUAUCUCAAGUUGAAUCAAAUCUUACUUCGGCAUUACUCAAUACACCGACUACUAAUAAUAAGAACAUAUAUAUUUGGAUACCAAAAUGGAAAUUCGAAUUCGAAAGUAAACUAGAAACUGUAUUAAAGACAAAAAUGAAAAUAAACGAUAUAUUCAACUCGAACAAGGCCAAUUUGAAAGGACUAUCAACGAAGAAAAAGAUAUAUCUAUCCAAUUUGAUUCACAAAACUUAUGUCAUUGUUGAUGAGAAAGGUGUACGAGCUGCGGCUACGUCUAUUGUACGAAUCAUGUUAGCAACUGCUACACGAUCGGAUGUGAAUUUUAUCUGUAAUAAACCAUUUCUCUAUGCUAUUCGAUACAAACAGACAACAUUGUUUAUGGGACGAUAUGUCAAAGUGAUUGAUACAAGCGAUAUGCCACCAAUGAUCGAUGGUGAACUAGGUUAA